AUGAGAAUUGCUUCCUUCGCAGUACUUCUUUCCUCAUUGCUUCCUCAAGUAGGUAGUGCCGAGUUGUGUAAAGGCUGCACCGAUGACUCCGAGUCCCGCCCCUGUCGCCACAACCAAAGCGAUAUAUCUAAUGUUUUGGAUUUGCUCACGAGAGCGAUGGGUGAUAUCAGAGUUGGUUUAAACCAUCUUUCAGAAAUUCUUAGAGAUGGAGGAUGUGAGACGAUUACUACGAAAGUAUCACCAUACGUGGUGGACGCCUUGCAUGGAAUUGCGGAAUUGUUGUCCAAAACGUGCCCUUCCGUCAAUUUCGCGAAAAGUCGACUUGCAGAAAUUUCACAGCAGAUACGGACAAGCAGAGAAAAGGGAAGCACGUUCAAGGAAGAGAGACGAUUGACCAGAUUUUACACAGAGAUUAUUCAUUUCAUUCAUUAUUCAUUCAUUGAGCUACCAUCUACAAGUGUCUUUUGGAGUGUAGAAGCUACAAGCGGAACACUUUUAGCGCCCAAGCGAAAAUUGGAAGAUUACAUUGUGCACGCUAUGCGAAAUUGUACUAUGACCAUGGUUAGAGACGAAGGUUGCUUAGCAGAGCAGGGUUGCAGAGAUUUAACGGUACGAAGCUGUGGACAACUCCACCUCCCUGCUCACUUAUAUAUCUGCUAA